GCGGGCGUUGCGCAGAAGCGGCGGCUGUGAGGGGGUACAAACCAGGGAGGGGGAAGUUGGUUCCGUACCGAGCCGUUACUUUCCCCAGGAAUUGGGUAGCCUUGGUGCAUUAGGUGCAACUUCUGCGCUAUGGGAAAGAGAAACAAGAGGACAGCAGAUAGUUCGUCCUCUGAAGAUGAGGAGGAAUAUGUUGUGGAGAAGGUUCUAGACAGGCGUGUUGUGAAGGGUCAAGUGGAGUAUCUUCUCAAGUGGAAAGGAUUCUCUGAGGAGCACAACACUUGGGAACCUGAGAAGAAUCUUGACUGCCCUGAACUGAUUUCUGAGUUUAUGAAAAAAUACAAAAAAAUGAAGGAAGGUGAAAAUAAGCCCCGGGAGAAAUCAGAGAGCACCAAGCGGAAGUCAACCCUUGCCAACAAUACUGAAGACAUCAAAGCCAAAAAGAAGAGAGAGAGCACCGAUAUUGCCAGGGGCUUUGAAAGAGGUUUGGAGCCGGAAAAGAUCAUCGGAGCCACAGACUCCUGCGGAGAUUUGAUGUUCCUAAUGAAAUGGAAAGACACGGAUGAGGCCGACCUGGUUCUAGCGAAGGAAGCCAAUGUGAAAUGCCCUCAAAUUGUGAUAGCGUUUUAUGAAGAGAGACUGACCUGGCAUGCGUACCCAGAAGACGCCGAAAACAAAGAGCGGGAAGCAGUGAAAAGCUAAAGUGGCCAGGGUCCUCGGUCCGUCCAUAGUUGUACAUAUCCGCCCUCCCUUCCCCUCCGCCCAAAUGCAUCCAUGAAAAUGUGCUUAUUACUGUGCUCAACAGGCGAAACGUUGGUAUUGGUUGGUUUAGUCAUAACAUAAAUGGCGUGAGUCGUGUUCAGUUUCACUCCAAGAGAUUGACAUGCUGUGUGUGUUCUUCUCUUCCCUCAUCUCAGAAUCCCCCAAAUGGUUCUUGUUUUGAAAGUCCUCUCAGAGCCUCCAGGCCUUUCCUUCCUGGCCUGGCUGUUCAGUUCUGCAUCUUCAGCUUCGUCAUGUUGUGUGUGGAGGGUGGUUGUCCCUCAUUGCUUGAGAGAGCUGUUGAAACGGUGAUGGGAGCUGCCUGCAUUCAGGGAAGACCCAACUGACUCAGCACAUGCUUUAGAUUCUGAGAUUGCCCAAAUAACAGUCAAGCCAGGAGUACAUAAGGGCUCUUUCUAGUUGUUUUAAGAAUGGCUGAUAACUUGAUGGAAUUGGAUUCCAGGAUGCUGAAUAGCAGUUCUCAUCCUGGUUCCCAGUGCCAACUUCAUCGGCUCCAUUCAUUCCUACUCAACAGCCUUGUUUUCUAGCUGCAGGGCAGGAGCAGGUAAAUCUGAGAAGGGAAUGAACCAGCAGAGCCUAAUUAGCUGGCAAGAACAGCCUGCCCCCCUCCAACCUGUCCUUUCAUGCAAUCAAAUCUAGUAUCCUUCUACCCUCUACCCUUUUAUUUUUCUUACCUUGCAUUAACAGUGUGUUACAUAGACCACACCCCAGCCAAAUUUUGUGCCAUGUUUGAGAUCCUUCUCUGUCACUGGCUGUUCCCCCACCCCUGCCCUCCUAAAAUUGUGCUUCCGAAAUUUGGUUUGUGUCUGGGCUCUUAUCACCAUUUGGGUGAGUCUCUUCAUUGCUUCUUUGCAUGCAGCAGGGUUCCCCAGCAUGACCACCUGUUUGAAAGAGAUCUUUUGUUCUGGGAUCUCAGCCUACUCUCAUUUCCAUGAGAAGCCGUUUACUCCAAAUCAUUGUAAAGGAAAACAACUACCUAGCACUCUUUGCUUGCAAACACUUGGCUGUGUCUGCUUAUACAGAGCACACCUGUCUAGAAACAGCUCAGAAGACGCAGUGGCUGUCCCGGAGUGGCAUUUUCAUUUUCUUUGGCUGGCACCUGCAACUUACAGCAUUACUCUGCCCCAGCAGUUGAAUGAUUCCGUGUUUAGGGUGUUGGGGCUGUUAAUAAUAGGGAGUCAUUCCAGCAGUUGCUUCCCCUCUUGUUCAAUGCAGUGAGGGGCUGGAGGACCCAAGUCACAGAAAGCGGGUUGUGGAAUUCCCCUCGGUAGUGCCCUUUUCCGAUGACAAUUCCCCAUGCAUGUGUCCCCCCCCCCCCCCCGCACGCACGGAAUGUCUGUAUUGUGUAGUAUAGUUGGGACUUCAGGGCCUUUCAGAAUGAGAUGUUGGCAAACAAUUUUGUCUUCGCUUUCCCUCCCGUGCUGCAACUCUUGACAAUAAAAGGCAAAGCUGACAGUAUUAACAUUGAUCGGUGCCGGCCUCCCACCAGCUGGGUUUGGGGGUGCCUGAGGGCCAUUAAGGGUCAUGCAUGCUGGUAAUAGACUUGAUAGGAGCCUGCAAAAGGAUCAAUUUUGAAGUGAGCCAGACUUUUUUUUACUGUAGAAUUGAAAUGUCACUAUUCCUUGCAUUUCCUUCAAAUCUUCUUUCAGGGUCUGUGGCUUAGCUCUUUUGCCUGAUCCCCCACCUCACCCCCACUCUGCUCGCCCAGCCAUAUUCUUCUUGCUUCUUUUUGUAGGGGUGAGAAGGUGAGGGGUGUUCCCACCAGUGCUUGAUAGCAAAUCCCUGUUUGGUGCUACUGCUUGCUUGAGUUUUGCAUUGUGAACUUCUGCUUUCUCUUGUUUUCCUGCAGCAGACAAUUGAGAGAUGGUUCUCCGUUCGAUGCCUCUGUUGUUCUAAGCCCUGUCAGGAAUCUGUACUUGUGUGUAGUUUGGAUGUGGCAUGGUUAACAUAAGUUUGGGCUACUACUGGUGACUUCUUUGUCAAUCAGUGGACUUUCUCAUUUCCAGCACAGUUAACUUUUGUUAAAUGCCCAGCGCCAAGGGUCACUUUUUCAGAAUUCUUCUGGCCCAAUUGCCGGAGGUAGUCAUGACAACCAUAUUGGAACAAAAAGCCAUUUAUAAAAGGGAAGUGUGUUUUGUUGGACAGGUCCCUCAAAUGACUCCUGGCAACUAGAUUAGGAAACAUGUAUCGCAUCCCCUUUCAGAGGACCCCAGGACUGGUGCAACCCUUUUGCUAUGCAGACUUUGCAGCUUGCUGUGACCAAAUAGGCCUGCUUCUCCUGCAGCCUUUCCCAACCUGGUGCCCUCCAGGUGUGUUGGACUACAAUUCCCACCAUCUCCCAGCAAGCACAUUUGGAGGAUACCAGUUUGGGGAAGGUCGUUGUACCUAAUGCGCAAGGAGAGCAUGCCGGUACCUAUUGGUGCUUGUGGGGUUGGUGAGCUAAAUUUCAUCGGUGACAACUUGGGCAUUUUCUCGGCUGCCUCAUUUGAUGAAGGGGGUUCUGCAGGAGGGGAUGAGUUGAUGGGAAAGAGCAUAAGCAGGUAGAUUUAAAAAAAAACAUUGCUUGUCUGGAGUCGUUACUUAGCAUGGACAGUUGUCUGUGAAAGUGUUGAGCUCAAGAGAUAGACGAAGGUGCUUCUCUCACAGAGACAGCUAAAGACUAGAUCCGUAGCCCUGUGCUCCUGGUUCCCAUUUGA